CUAUGCUUGGCCAGGUAGGCAGGCACCGUAGGAUGUUGCGGACCUGCAUCGUGACCGUCGGUCUCUCACCGACCAUCGAAGAUACCACUUAAUUCAUAGCUGCGAUCGACGUUUUCCCAGAGCUAAGUUUAGAGCCUUAGACCACGUGAAGGAUGGAUGAACGGCAAUGGCCGACAAUGACAGACUUCAGGGAUUUCAUGGCUUGAUGUUGCCUGACCAGUCGCUGCUUUAGUAAAGUCGCCUGACUGCUGAUUUCUGGCGGGAGAUUUUCAACGCGGGACGGACAUAUUAUCGCACCGUCCUGGUUUCCAUCGUCCUAGUUCACGAGGUCUGCGCGUUCCAACAUAGAUUUGGCUUCCGCCAUGGGUCGAGCUUCCGCUAAUGUGUUGCGCCCAUGGGGCCACCUCGACGUCGGCAAGCUCGAGGUUCAAUUUCAAUCGCAGGCCCCCCCGCCCUCCCCCUCUAUGCCUUCCCGCACCCCCGAGCCUGCCAACGAGCCUCCCCCCCACACCGCCUUCUCUUCGCUCUGGGCCAUACCGGGCCUCGCAGCAGCAGCUUCCGCCGCAGCAGGCGCUGUAGCGGGGGCAGCGGCGGGGGUUUCCACCCAGCUCGGGGACGCAUGGGGCCCCGGAGGCGGGCGACAGCAGCUGAGCGCGGGGAGCACCCGCGCGGGCAGCUCCGGCGGCGGCGCAGCUGCGGGGGGCGGAAGCGGCGGGUUCGGCGGAUACAGCAGCGGAUACGGUGGGGGGGCGGAGCGGGUGUUGGGGGAGCGGAUAGCGCUGAGCAGCUGGCUGGAGGACGAGGAUAUGCACGUGGCGGUGACGGAGAACGCGGAGAUGAUGGCGCUGGGCAGAGGCGCCACGCUCAUCGUCUUCGACGGCCUGCCGCUGCCCGACGGCCGGCCUCGCCCCGGGUGUCACCUGGACCCAGUGGUGAUAGUGCCGGCCUGUGAGCCGGACGACACCAUAACCGCCCUCGAGUGGCUGGUCUUUUCCUCCUUUGGCCCGCGCCCCGUGCCCACGCCCCCCGGCCGCCCGCCCGGGUGCUUCUACUGUGUUGCCGUGGGCACUGCUGCGGGGUUCGUGCUCAUUUAUGCUGACUCGGGCGCGCUGCUCCUCAAACAGAUGGUGCACACGGAGCCGGUGGUGCGGGUGCGAGUGCGGGCAGUGGAGUCAGGCAUGGUGCGCAACGACGGCACUCAGGAGCUCUGUGUCGUCACGCGCAACGCCACCCUCAUCAUCGCAUGCACUCAGCUGCAGGCGUUGCUGCGGCAGCGAGUAUUACAAGUGGACGACACCCUCUCCCUGCACAACCCCCGCGGCCUCGCCUCCCGUCUCGCGUACCUCUCGCACGCGCGCCGCCCCCCGCCCACACGUGACGAGGAGGCGCUCAAGGCCUUUGCGGUGCCGCUCAAGAAGUGGCGCACCGGCAGGGCCGGCACGCAGUGGAGCGACGGCGCCGUUGCCGGCCUCUUCCCUGCUCCGCUCUUCCAAACCCAGGCCCCCAAGCAGUCCCUGUGCAUCGUCACUGUUGGCGUCCACCCCACCAUUGCUGCAUUCGCUGCCACGGAGCAGGGAGGCUGGGUGCAGCUCGCAUCAUCCUUCGCCACCAACGUGCGCACUAGAGCCAAGUCCGCCGCCCUCUCCCUCACCCGAAGCCUCGGCCGCGGCCCCCGCCGCAUGCUCUCCAAAACCCUCUCCUCUUCCCAAGACCCCUCCAACCCCUCCUCCGAGCCCCUCUCUGACUCCUCCGCUCCUCCCUCCGCCUUCUCCCCGGGUUCCGCAUCCCCCACUUCCCGCUCCUCCUCCCUCUCCACCUUCUCCCCCACCUCCUCCUUCUCCUCCUCGCAUGCGGAUGACGACGCGCCACACUUCUCCCGCCCGGCGCCGCCCGAAGCAGUGGAGGCGGGCCAGGCGAUGGCGGUUGUGGCGGGGUUCAAGGACCACGUGCGGCAUGCGCAGAGGCUGGCCGUGGCGCCCAGCGGCACGCUCAUGGCGCUGGCGGACAACCUGGGGCGCGUGCUGCUGCUGGACACACAGAUCUUUGGGGUCGUGCGCAUGUGGAAGGGCUACCGCGAUGCGGAGCUGGCGUUUCUGGAGGUGCCGAUCAUGGGCGGCACUAUGACGUCCAUGGCAGCAGCGUCGCCCAACGUGCACCUGCUCAUGCUGCGCCCACGCCAGCUCGCCAUGUGCCUCGCCAUCUUCGCCCCCAAGCGGGAAGUCAUCGAGAUUUGGCAAAUGGUGGGAGGUCCCCGUGUUGCCCUAAUCCGCUGCCCAGCCAACAGCCGGCUCCUACAACCGUCCCCUGUGAUCGGUGCCGCACACACCACGGUUCCCCCCAUGGCUCCCCUGGACCCUAUUCGGCAGCAGCAGCAGCUGCAGCUGAUGGAGCAGCAGCACAUUCUGCAGCACCCGGGGCAGCACCCGCGUGUGCGCAAGCAGCAGCUGCUCCUGCAGCAGCAGCUUCUGCGGCAGCAGCAGCAACAGCAGCAGCUGCUGCUAGAGAGCACGGGGAUGGGAGUAGUGGGUGCCGCUGGUGUGGCAGCAGGGGCAGGGGAGGGAGGGGGGCAGGGGGGGUCGGUGUUACCAGAGGCGUUACAGGUGGCGAGGCACAGGGCGUUUGUGCUGGAUGGGGCUACAGGGUACUUGUCUGAGAUCCUCCCCGCCAUCUCCAUCACCCCUCCCAGCAGGGCGGCGGCAUCAGACUCGUCCCGGCCGCACGACUCCCUGACCGAGGCGGACGUGUUCCAGCGCCUGUGCGACCUGCUGAAGCUCAAGCGCAACGCCCGCGCCGCUGCACAGGAGGCCGUGGAGCUGCUGCGGUGGAAGGCGGAGGAGGAGGAGCGCAGGGGCGCGGAGGAGCAGGGCGUGUACGAGUACGACGAGGGGUACAGGGAGCAGAUGCGCAUGAGGGGGCUCGGGGAGGGGGAGGGAUGGGGAUGCGCAGCAGCAGGAGGAGGAAGAUCUGGUGCUGCUGCUGCUUGGCGCUCUAUCUUCCCCCGUGCGCAAACUGCAGGUGCUGGACCUGCUAGUGGCCACGCGCGCCUCUCUCUCCGCGUACUGCCACCUGGCAGUGCUAGAGGACGUCUUAGCCGCAGUGGAAGAAGCCAUCGACUACAACCAGGGCAUCGCACGCGGGGGUAACAUCCCCGGCAUGGGCCCCCCCCGCCCCCCCGCCCUCCAAACGCCCCUCCAGGGCUCACCAUACGACCCAUCGUCUGGCCGCUACAACCCAUCCAUGCCCCCUGCUCAUGCACCCAUGGGUGGUCCUUA